CAAUUCCGCCCCAUCCGCAUCAGUCUUCCCGUCUCCCCGCCUUUCUACUCCCCCUCCCUCCUACCCUCCCACCAGCUAUGGACUCCCCCGCCGUCCCCGCCCCGCUGGAUCCGAAAGAGCAACCAAUCCUCGAGCGCCUGCUGCGCACUCGGGAUGCGCUCAUCUUGCUCAAGCAGGACAAGUCCUCCUAUAUCAAGUCCCGCGACGUCCUUCCCCUGUAUGAAGAGGUGGUCGCCGAGGUGGAGAAGCUCAACGCCGCGCGCAAAGAACAGGACCGCCGGCGGGCACAUAACAGACUGGACUAUGUUCUCGACGAUUGUUUUCAGCUCAUCUCGCUGCUGUUUCUGACCGUUGGUCGAAACAAUGAAGCCCCCGCCGUAUACUCCCUUGCGACGACUGUCCAGCGUCUUCUGGAUCACCUGGAAGAGGCCGGUUUCUACAGCUCCAAAGACCUGAUCUCGAUCACCAAGACCCUUGCGAACAUGAACGAAACCCUCGAUCGAUGCCGUCAAGCCUACUCGCCUGCCCUGAUCACCUUGCUUGAAAGCCGCCUCGAGAAAUGCCAGCACCUGUUGGAGAAGCUGCAGAGUGGACUGGCCAAGCUGGGCCCGGAACUGGCGGCCAAACACGAGAUGCUGGUGUCUAUUCUGCGGUCAACUUCGGCCGUCAACACGCGCUCUAAGUUUUCUUCCUUUGAGGUCAACACACUUCGGACCCAGCUGAAGAAACUUGAAGACGAGAUGAAGGACGGGAAAUUUGUGGAUGCCGAGGGGGUGCCACUGCCUGGCACCCAGGAAGAUGUCGUGCAACUGAAGGAUCGGUGUUGGAUCUGGACUGAGACUGUUCUAGAGCGGCAAGGAAAGAUUGACGAGCGCUUCAAGGAGCAGUACGACCGACUGAUCGAGAUCCGCAACCAGCUGGACCGGCUUGCCGUGACACAGGCGUGGUCGCUCCGCGAGACCGACCUGUUCGGCUACCAGCGCAAAUUGGACCGGAUUGAUGAGGCGCGCGUGAACGGCAACUUCGUGGAUGCAGAGGGAAAUGCGGCGGAUAUUCACGCGCAGCGGACAUUACUGUACCUGAUCCGGCGGAGCUACGGGUACAUCUAUGCGCUAUUGAUUUCGUCGGAACCGGUGUCGGAGGCGCUGUUGCCCGUGUACAACCAGCUACAGACGUUGCGAAAAUGCCUGCUGGAGGUGCAGGAGUCGGGGGGCGUGUCGAACUCGCGCGAGCUCUACCCGUACAGCAUGAAGCUUAAUUCGAUUGACAACAUGCGUGUGGACGGCAAGUUCUACGUGGGCAGUGACAUCCCUGAAGGGCAGGGCAGCGUGAACGCGCUGCUGGCGGAGUGCUACGAUAUUGUGUGGGAGUUGCGGGCAGCGGUGGACGAGGAGGAUCGAACAGGGUAGAUGAGGGAUGGAAGAUCUUUUGCUUGUACUAAUGCAGAUGGCGGGAGGACCUUGUGUACUGGGAGCCCGGCUUUUUUGGACGGCGUUUGGAGUUGUACGGGAGUAGUGUGAAUGAAUGAACUGAAUUUGCGGAAGCUUUGCGGAAACCUGAAGCGAUCCCUGCUGAAAG